AGCAACAAUAAAAGCACGAAACUAACAAAUCGAGCAACAUCAAUCGUCAAGCGUCAAGAAUCGAGAAUUUACAAAUAAAUAAACCAAGUUAACAACCACGACGACGACUAACACCGAUUCGAAAUCCAAACAUUUCCGUUAGAACUGAAACAAAAAAACAACAAAGUUGCCAACUACUAACUCAGCAAAACGCGAAUACAAAGCAAAAUAAAAACAAAAUAGUAAUCCUAAGUAAAAGCGGUAAAAUACCACUAAAACAGCAACAACAACUACUACAGUAAGCAUACAUAGUAGUAGUACUCAUAGUAGCAGUAGCGACUGUAGAGGAGCAGUAAACUAAGAGCAACCAAAAACAAAAAUGUCAUUUCGCGUUGUACGAAGUUCGAAAUUUCGUCACGUCUACGGUCAGGCACUGAAACGUGAGCAAUGCUACGACAAUAUACGCGUCUCAAAAAGCAGUUGGGACUCCACAUUCUGUGCGGUGAAUCCGAAAUUCUUGGCGAUCAUUGUAGAGUCCGCUGGCGGCGGAGCAUUCAUUGUACUGCCACACAAUAAGGUUGGUCGCAUAGCUGCCGAUCAUCCAUUGGUGGGAGGCCAUAAAGGCCCCGUUCUAGAUAUUGCCUGGUGUCCGCACAAUGACAAUGUCAUCGCCUCCGGCUCUGAGGAUUGUGUGGUUAAGGUUUGGCAAAUACCCGAUGGCGGUCUGUCACGCACGCUCACCGAACCAGUUGUCGAUUUGGUGUUCCAUCAACGUCGUGUCGGUCUUGUGCUUUGGCAUCCAUCAGCAUUGAAUGUGCUGCUGACGGCGGGUUCGGACAAUCAGGUUGUCAUUUGGAAUGUGGGUACUGGCGAAAUACUCGUUCACAUCGACUCGCAUCCGGAUGUUGUAUAUAGUGCAUGUUUCAACUGGGACGGUUCGAAAUUGGUGACCACAUGUAAGGAUAAAAAGAUACGUAUCUAUGAUCCACGUAACGGUGAAAUAGAAAGCGAAGCACUUUGUCACGAAGGAUCGAAGGCAACGCGUGCCAUCUUCCUGCGUCAUGGUCUCAUCUUCACCACCGGUUUCAAUCGUUCAUCGGAACGUCAGUAUUCGCUGCGCGCACCUGAUGCUCUUAAUGAACCCAUCGUCAUGGUGGAGUUGGACACAUCAAACGGUGUGAUGUUCCCACUUUACGAUGCGGACACGAAUUUGAUUUACCUAUGCGGUAAAGGCGAUUCAGUUAUACGCUACUUUGAGAUAACGCCCGAGCCACCGUUCGUGCAUUACAUCAACACAUUUCAAACGCCAGAUCCCCAACGUGGUAUUGGCAUGAUGCCAAAGCGUGGCUGCGAUGUCACAACCUGCGAAAUAGCUAAAUUCUACCGGCUAAACAAUAACGGCUUGUGUCAGGUGAUCUCGAUGACAGUGCCGCGUAAAUCGGAUCUCUUUCAAGAGGAUCUGUAUCCGGAUACCUUAGCCGAAGAUGCGGCACAAACUGCCGAGGAUUGGAUUGCGGGAAAUGAUGCCGAACCAUUGACAUUUUCAUUAAAAGAUCGUGUCUCUAUUGUACAGGGUGGCUAUGUCUCACAAUCGGCCAGCAAGUCGCUGUCGGUGACAAAGAAGGCGAACAUCCUCAACAAGGCCUCAGCGGGCACCUCGAAGAGUGCGAGCAGCGCAGCGCUUGGUGGUAAUCAUGCGACAUCGAAUAACAACAAUGCAUCGAGCGGGUGCGGUUUUGUGAGCGGUGUCAGUGAAAAGGAUCUGCGUGAUAUCACCGAUGAAAUACGCAAAUUGAAGGCGAUCAUUGUGAAGCAUGAGAAUCGUAUACGCGCGCUGGAGGCGGCUGUGCGCGCACAAGAAGGCGACGAUACCGAUUCACGACCAGCGGCGGCGCCCGUCACUGCCGGCAAUGGCAAUUCUUCGUCCAAAGCGGCCACGGAUGGCGGCGCGCAAAAGGAGAGCAACGAUAAUAGCAGUGCCAACGAUCAGAGUCAUCCGACUGCCGCGAACGACGAUGAAUUUUAAUUAAAAAUUUAUAUAUAACUAUUUUUAAUUAAACUUGCUGCGCGACGCUUUAUCGAUUCAAAAUACGUUUCGUUUGUAUUAAUAUUAAUAUUAUUUUAUCGAUUUUUUAAUUUAUUUUUAAAAUAAUAUAUAAAUAGCUUU